AUGACAUCAUUUAAUGUGUUCAUUAUAUUAUUAUUAACAUUCAUUUUCUGCCGAUCAAUAAAGUCAGACCACGAAUCCACAACUCCACAAUUAGAUCUCAAUGAUAAUAACAGUAAAGAAAAUUCUACAGAACUAACAACUCCAUUUUCUAAUGGAACAACAAGUAUUACAACUAUUAUUACUUCUUCAACAACAAGCUCGACUACAAAGUCAAAUGAAACGAUAUUGAUAACAACUACACCAACAACUAUUUUUCCUAGUACUGUUUUUAUGAAUAUAUCAACUACAUCCGGUGUUAAUACAUUGUCAAGACAAGGUUGGUGGUUAUUAGUUGCUCUUCUAAUAACAGUAGUAGUGGUUAUUAGUAUUGGCUAUAUCUAUUAUAAUCGACAACAAACUCCAUAUCGACGAUUUCUUCGAAAUUGGCGAUCACGUGAUGAUGAUGCAGAUAAUAUUAUUCUUCAACUCGAACAACCUGAAAUAAUGAAUGGUCAAUGGCCACCUCGAAUUUCUUUUGCUUAA